UCCGGGUUGCUCCAUCACAGAAUCGAGCGUCCGGGAGAUGAAAGCAGGGGGCACAGAGGAGAGCCGAGGAGGAGCCAGGAGGAGACUGCCCAAACUGAAGAUCCCUGCAAAGAUCUGGAAGAACCGCAAACAGCAGAACUAUGAUGAAGACGAUGAGCUGGACUGUGUGGUGGAGGUGCAGCAGGAGCAGGAGGAACAGCUGGAAGAGAUCAGCAGGAGGCUGAUCAUCAGGGAGGAUGAGCUCUUCAGUCAGGACGCUCCCAGUGAGGAGGAGGAGGAGGAGGACCAGCUGCAGAAAGACUUUGAGGAUCUGAGACUCCAGAUAUGUAUGGCCAUCCACAACACCUUCACUCCCUCCUCUUCCUGUUCCUCUUCCUCCUCCUCCUCCACCAAGCAUCUGGAGGUCCUGAGGAGCGCUGUGGCCUCCAUCCAACAGCAGGAGGUGCAGGACAGACGCUGGGCCGACUGCUCACAGGACCGAGUCCCGGUGUGGCGUCCUCAGAAGUGUCUCAGUACUCACAACGCUCUGCUGCAGAACAUGGUGGAGGACAGACUUACGAAGGCUGCAGAGGACGACUCAGGCGGAGUCGAUAAACUGUCCUCAGCAGUGAAGAGACAGGUGUGUCGAAUGGGGAAGUGUGUGAAGGAGGACCUGCUGUCGGUGGUGAGGACGGUGAAGGACUGUUACCCUCCACAGAUGGAUAUUCUGAAUGUCUACGCUGCACUCUAUCAUCGAAGUUUCUUUGCUCGGCUGACUGAACUCGCUACCUCAGAACUGGAAACAGAAGACUGCAGCUACCUGCUGUUCUGGGUCAACCACUACUAUCCACUUGAAAUACUGAAACAUGAAGAACUGGAUGGACAGAUAAAGACAGCCUGUCUGGGUUCUCUGCUGCUGAAGGGCGACCUGAACCGGCUGGAGGAGCAGUACCUGGUCCACAAAGAGGACAAAGUGAAGCUAUGGCUGAACACAGCUCUGAAGAAGGAAAAGGAGAGCUGGCUGAGCGGCAGAGCACCUGAACUCAUCGACUGUUACUACUUCAGUCCACUGGCUGUGGACGUCAUACAGGUGACAGACGGCUGCCUGACUGAGUUCAACUGUGCAAUCAAAGACCAGAGCAAAACUCAGAGGCUCACAGCUCACCUGGAGAACUUCCUCUGCAGCUAUAAGAAGUGUGUCGAGGAGUUUGUGAAGGGGAACCACAGUAACGUCCGCUCAGUGAUCAAAGCCCAGCUGGUCUGUGAGCAGCAGCUCAGGGAUUACAUCACACGUCAAACAGGAAGUCUGUCUGAGGAGCAGAGACGCCGCUGCCUGGACACUCUGUCUGCCCUGAGGGAUUGUGGAUACCAGUGUUUCACUGGACCUACUCAGGUCCAGCUGAAGGUACGUUUGAGUCAGCUGUGGACGGCAACCUGGGUGGAUGGCUCACUUCCAGUUGUUGACUCGCUACUGGACUCUCUGAACCAACAACUGGCCGACCUGAUCGACCUGAAGCCAGCCUGCAGACAGUCUCUGCUGUGCGCCCUCCAUCAGGACGUGGUCCUUAAGUAUGUGAAGAGGAUGUUACAGAGCAGGAUGAAAAGCAGAGAGCAGCAAGUGGCCGGAGCUCAGCGGAUGAUCGAAGACUCUCAAAAGAUUGACAGGUUCUUCAGAGAUGAGGGCGGCAGCGAGGCCUCGUGGCUCGGGGUGAUGCUCUGCCGUCUCGCUGAGAUUCUCAGUCUGCAGGAUCCUGCAAGUGUUCAACUGGAGCUCGUCAGUCUGGCCCGGACCUUCCCCGACCUCAGUGAUGCUCACGUGUCGGCGCUGCUGUCUCUGAAAACCGGCCUAUCAGCUGCUGACGUUCGCUCUAUCAGGCGGAGCGUGGAGGAGAACCGCCUCCUCGAUGUCUCCACCAAUAACAAUCCUCCGUUCUUCUCCAAGGUGAAAGUCAAAUGGAUCAGUAAAAAAAUCAAUCAAAUGGUCCUUAAACCUUAAAUGGUUUUAGGAUGUUAGCGGCUUUGCAUGUCAGUGAGGUAGCAUGUUAGCAAACUGACUGUGUAUUCAGUUAGUACACAGUGUUUUGCUGUGUGUGAUUCUUGUACUUGCCACGUUGCGUUACUGCUUUAUUAUGGUACUAAAAUUUGUAUUAUCAAAUGUGUUGCAAUGGUUACAGGUGGCCAUACUGAAGUAAAGACAACAUAAUAAACUUUUAUCAAAAUGCUGAAAAUCUCAUAUAAAGGCCUGUGCACCUCAGAUUAAAACCCAGUCCAGUGUUAGAUCCAGUCUGGGGUUCCUCAGGGUGAAGGCCUGGGUCCUCUUUAGUUUACAUUGUGAAUGCUUUUCUUUGAGAAACUAAUAAAAUCAUAAUUUAAGCUUAUCUGUCACGUGGAAACCACAACCGCCUUGCGCUGUGUAUCGUCAUUGGGUAACUCAUAUCUAGAGUUUUCAGGAAAAUCAAACUAUAUACACCAAAUAAAUAAACUCAAAGUGCAGGAUAAAAGACAGUGGCAGAUAUUUACAAUGUUAGACAUAUAUUAUGGUCAAGAGUAAAACACAGUUGUGUAACAAACCUAACAGUUAGUGUGUCAGACUUGUAACGAUGGAUAAAGCUCUCUGUAUUUACAGACACAUGUAAGCAGUUGGGCGGCUUAUCAGUGUCAUUGAUCUCUGUUCAAUAAAUGCUGGAUUCAGUGGAGCUGC